CUCAGAGAACAUCCCAUCGCGGAAAACGUGCCAGAUCGCCUGAUUUGCCAGCGAGCUCUUCUCCGCCUGGCCGGGCAAUCGUAGCACGUCGUGAUUCACAAUCCUCCUUGCCACCAUCCUCUCCCCCGGCGCCAUUUUCUGAUACUGAUGAUAGUAUGGAUGAGCGUGAUGCGGUCCGGGAUAUUGAUGACGAAGAAGACGAGGAAGGCGAAGAUCUUUUUGGCCAAGACAUGGCAGAUGAUUACGCAGCGAAUCAACAGCUCGAUGCGUUUUCCGAUACUGGUUUGAACGAUGAUGAAGAGUUUGAAGGCCUGUCUAUUGCGGCACGAAGAGCGGCUGAUGCAAAAAUGGCGCGUCGUGAUCGCCUAGAACGUGGUGGCCGAACCGGUGCUCGUGCAGCUGCAAGAAGCCGUGCACCACGAUUUUUAGAUAGUGAUGACGCUGAGAUGGAUGAUGACGAAAAUGGCUUGCUUUCAGGAAUGAAACGCCGGGCGCGCAGAAAUUAUGACGAACGCAGAGAUCUUGAUGACAUGGAGGGCAUUGAGGAUGAGAUUCCUCUGGAGCAACUCAGCGAUAUCAAAGCCAAGUCCAUCGUGGAAUGGAUUGCCAACGACCGGGUUCGACGUUCGAUUGUCAAGCAUUUCCGACAGUUCCUCAUGACUUAUGUGGAUGAUCAUGGCUCCUCAGUAUAUGGACAACGCAUCAGAAACCUUGGCGAAAACAAUUCCGAAUCUUUGGAAGUCUCUUAUCUCCACCUCGCCCUCUCCAAGCCUAUCCUUGCAUAUUUUCUUACUAACUCCCCUACCGCGAUGCUCGAAAUCUUUGACGAGGUCGCUCUGGGUGCGAUUCUCGUUUAUUACCCUAGCUAUGAACGCAUCCAUGCGGAAGUGCACGUUCGCAUUACCGACCUCCCACUGAGCUCCUCUCUACGCGACCUGCGCCGCAGCAAUCUAAAUAACCUUGUCCGUGUGUCUGGUGUCGUGACGCGACGAAGCGGUGUAUUCCCCCAGUUGAAGUAUGUCAAAUUUGACUGCCGAAAAUGCGGUGCUGUCUUAGGACCCUUCUACCAAGACGCCACGAAGGAGGUUAGAAUCAGUUACUGCGCGAACUGCGAGAGCAAGGGACCGUUUACGGUGAAUUCUGAACAGACUGUCUACCGAAAUUAUCAAAAAAUGACUUUGCAAGAGUCGCCUGGUUCCGUCCCUCCUGGUCGCUUACCGCGACACCGUGAAGUUGUCCUUUUGUGGGAUCUCAUCGAUUCGGCCAAGCCAGGAGAAGAAAUCGAAGUCACCGGCGUCUACCGCAACACUUUCGAUGCAUCUCUGAAUUCGAAGAACGGCUUCCCCGUCUUCUCCACCAUCAUCGAAGCAAAUCAUAUUAACAAGAAGGAGGACCUUUUUGCCGCAUUCCGUCUAACAGAGGAAGACGAGAAAGAAAUCCGCGCUCUUGCGCGCGAUGAUCGCAUUCGCAAGCGCAUCGUCAAGUCCAUCGCACCCUCUAUCUAUGGCCAUGAAGAUAUCAAAACAGCCCUAGCUCUCUCCCUCUUCGGUGGUGUCUCAAAGGAUAUCAAUCGCAAGCAUCGCAUUCGCGGUGAUAUCAACGUCCUUUUACUGGGUGAUCCGGGAACAGCGAAAUCGCAAUUCUUGAAAUACGUCGAAAAGACCGCCCAUCGAUCAGUGUUCGCCACAGGUCAAGGGGCGUCCGCCGUCGGUCUGACCGCAAGCGUGCGCAAGGACCCUGUGACACGCGAGUGGACGCUUGAAGGCGGUGCCCUAGUGUUGGCGGACAAGGGGACUUGUUUGAUUGAUGAAUUUGACAAGAUGAACGACGCAGAUCGAACGUCGAUACAUGAGGCUAUGGAACAGCAGUCCAUCUCCAUUUCCAAGGCUGGCAUUGUCACCACACUCCAGGCGCGUUGCGCAAUUGUCGCUGCCGCCAACCCUAUUCGUGGGCGAUACAACCCCACAAUCCCCUUUCAGCAGAACGUUGAGCUCACGGAGCCGAUUCUGUCGCGUUUCGACGUCAUGUGUGUUGUGAAGGACACAGUUGACCCUGUGCAAGACGAGCUGCUCGCGAGGUUCGUUGUUGGGAGUCACUUGCGAAGUCAUCCAAAGUUCGAGACGGAGAAGGAUGAGAUGGAUGUUGGCACGACUUUGGACGCGGACCUGAUACCCCAAGACCUGUUGCGCAAGUAUAUCAUGUAUGCGCGUGAAAAGGUUCGCCCGAAGCUGUUCGAUUUAGACCAGGAGAAGCUCGCGCGUCUCUUCGCAGACUUGCGGCGCGAGUCCCUGGCGACAGGAUCGUUCCCUAUAACUGUUCGCCAUUUAGAGAGCAUGAUCCGCAUGGCCGAGGCCAGCGCGAAAAUGGCGCUACGAGAAUAUGUGCGCGCCGACGACAUUGACCUUGCUAUAUCUGUAGCCGUCGAGAGCUUCGUCAAUGCGCAAAAGAUGUCGAUUAAGAAGACGCUUCAACGGGGCUUCCGGAAAUAUCUGACUCAAUCCAAAGAUCAUGAAGAGCUUCUGGCCUUCCUGUUGGGAGGAAUCGUGAAAGACAAGGCUCGAUAUCAUCAGUUGCAACGUCAUGAGCAACCAGAACGUAUCACAGUUAAAGUUUCAGAGCUCGAUGAGCGGGCAAAGGAUCAUGAUAUUUUUGACACGGCACCAUUCCUGCACUCCCGAUUAUUCACCACCAACGGGUACACACUCAAUGACGAUGUCAUCGAGAAACGAUUCAAGCAAGCAGACGAGUGAUAAAUAAUUGAUGUCGCAUUCUAUCCAUAAGCUGUCCUCGAUAUCGCUGUAACUCUGUUGUACUUCUGCUGACUCUCCAUUUGCUCUGCCACAAUUUCCAUGUUUGUCUUUGGUUCGCCUU